AUGAGGAAGCCGGAUCUAAUGGGCAAAGAUAGAGUACCAAGCAACAAUAGUAUUAACAAGGCCAAGCUCAGAAAGGGCUUAUGGUCACCAGAGGAAGAUGAGAAGCUCAUCAAGUAUAUGUUAACAAAUGGACAAGGGUGUUGGAGUGAUAUUGCUAGGAAUGCAGACUUGCAGAGGUGUGGCAAGAGUUGCCGUCUUCGUUGGAUUAACUACUUGAGACCUGACCUCAAGCGUGGCGCAUUUUCUCCUCAAGAAGAAGAGCUUAUCAUCCAUUUGCACUCCAUUCUUGGCAACAGGUGGUCUCAGAUUGCUGCACGGCUUCCAGGAAGGACAGACAACGAAAUAAAGAAUUUUUGGAACUCCACAUUAAAGAAAAGAUUGAAGAUCAAUAACACCUCCACAUCCUCACCAAAUGAUAGUGAUUCAUCAGAGCAUAGAGAUCAUGUCAUAGGAAAUAUCAUGCCCAUGCAUGAUCAUGACAUUAUGACUCUAUGCAUGGACUCAUCUUCCUCAUCAUCCAUAUCCAUGCAAGGUAUGGUCACAUGCAACCAAUUUGAUCCUUUCUCCAUGCUCAACAACCGCUAUGAUGUGACUGCUGCAGCAAGUUUAUUGGACACGUCUACAUGCUUAGCACAAGUGGGUAUGGGAGAUGGAUUUUAUGGGGAUCAUUAUGGGAUUUUGGAGUCUAAUAAAAAAAUGCGGCUAGAAAGUGAUCUUUCUCUUCCACCACUGGAGAGUAGAAGCAUUGAAGAGAAUAAUGCAGUGAGUAAUAACAGGAUUGGCAUGGAAAGCAACAACAACAACAACAACAACAACCACUUUGAUAAUACUUGCUUCAAUCAUACUGAUCAGAGAUUUAAAGUAGAGGACAUGUUGGGACUUGAAAAUCAUUGGCAGGGAGAAAACUUAAGAAUGGGAGAUCAAUGGGAUUUGGAAGGUUUAAUGGAAAACAUAUCUUCCUUUCCUUUCCUUGAUUUCCAAGUUGAAUAA